AUGAUUGAAUUAGAUGCAAGCUUUUAUUUUCCUCUUGGAUUAUCUUUUAAUUUUUCAAAUUUAAAUGAAAAUUUUAGUCCACCGAAUGAAACAAUUGGAGCAAUUAUCAAUAAACUUAUGAUUGAUUCUUGGACAUCGAAUAUUUCAUUCUCUUCAUAUUAUAACACAUGUUCUCCAUCACAGUAUACGUAUGAAUUUAUUAGUCGAAAUGAUUUAUUCUUUUUUAUAACAACAAUUCUUGGUAUUUUUGGUGAUUUAUCUCUGGGGUUAAAACUACUUACUUUAAUUAUUCUUCGACUUAUUGAGAAUACAAUUAAUAAUAAUUCUUUCAGUGAAUUUAUAACAAUGAUAAAAAGCUUAUUUGUUUGUAAUACAGAACAACGUAUUAUUAAUCGAUUUCAUUUUGUUUUUCUUUUACAACUAUUACGCUUAGUAUUUAUAUUUUUUGCUUUUAAACCAAAAUCAGUUACUGUCCAAAUAAUAAAACCAUCACUUUCAAAUUAUAAAGAUUUAUUAAAAGAUCAUUCCUAUUCUCUUCAAUGUCCUUGUUCACAAGUAUCCAUUCCAUAUGAAACAUUUCUUAAUAUUGAACCUCAUUUUCAUGAUUUAUGUUCAAGUCAAUUUAUUCUUGAUGAAUGCAGUUUUGUGCAAGAUACAGUCACGACUUGA